AUGACUGUACAAGACAGGCUGUUAGAUCACCGUCCCACACAUCCCCACGAGUACUACAAAAACAAGAACAGAACUCAAACCAGAAAAGUACCGGCCUACAGGUGGCGUAACUUUUCGAGUGUCACAACACAGCUCUCCAACUAAGGAGCACACUCUGAUAGUCGGAGCCGUGAAAUGUGGAAAUUCGCCUUGGCAAUUUUACUAUUGGGCUUGGCGACAGCAACGAACGCUUCCAUACGACUGCAACGACCUCAAUCUAGACCACAUUCACGACAGAGUACAAGCGACGGCACACAACAAGAGGAACCACACCCCUAUACCAUCUCGUUCUUUCUGUUUCCUCACGGAGCCACCAGCGCGCUCUUUGGGAAUGGCGAAACAGAAAAGAAAAGCAAUGUUACAGUAGGCAUUAAAGAAAGUAUCAACAAAACGGAACCCGCUGAAGCCAAUGCCACGUUCAGCUACCGUCCCCCCUCUGAUGACGACGUUCCAGACACGGCCAACUACCAGCAAGGGAGUGUAAAACACCCCAAGUCGGAAAUGUUUCCAUCGUGUCACCAGUGCAAGUUGAAUUCGACGUACCACGAGUGCAUUCAAAAGAAGACUCUACAAACUUGUAAGAGCGACCUUGCAAAUAUCUGCUACACAAAGAGCGUCAAAAGAGACAAUAUUGUGCACUACGAGAUGGGAUGCGCCACGCACAAGAUGUGUCAAAGGGCAAGAGCCAUUCCUUGCAAAUUAAACGAAAAAAAGUGCUUCACCUGCUGUCAAUGGAGUGGAUGUAACUCUCAGUCACACCACCAUAAGGGAUUCCCUUUUGCCUUCGGUCGUGACGAGGAAACAGAUACAAAGCUCUCUUUUCAAGGAGAUGCUGCUUCUAACUUAGCUCCUACGUGGCUCUUCGUGUUCGUUUGCGCAUCAGGGCUUCUACUGCGCUAAUGACUUUACCAACAAAGUCGGGUUCAGAGAAAUGAGACAUUGAAAACGACACGAAAACUCUUCGUUGAAAUAUUCACGGCUCGCGUUGAAAAGAGCCCAAUAUUCUGUGUGUGUGGUUUGAAAACGACUUGCAUGUGUGGGUGUUUUUUCAGGGGUGGGGGAGAGGAGGUAAAAACAGAAGAGAAAUGCCUUGUGGCCUUAGGGAAGACAGACAUUUGGGAAGUCUUCUCCAUGCUACUGGCCUAAGAAAUGCAUAUUUUUCACGCCUUGUCUAGGAGAGGCUUCUCUAGUGUUAAUAUAAACUUUAAGCCAUUUUUCCACAUUGGAAAGUCUGAAAAUGGUAAUAAUAUGCGCGUUUCCCUACCGGCGAUCCUGAUUUGGGAAUAGCUCAUUAUAAUUAAAUAUGUAAAUAUAUAAUUAUUCUUUGAAUAUAACAGUGUGUAAAAAUAUCUAAUAAACAUUGCACUAUUAGGCUA